AUGGACGCACACCCGGGUGAGCUCCCCCUCCUGGAUGAGGACCAAUACCGAGAGCAGGUCUUGGGCAUCUCUCUGGAAGCAGAACACGCGCGGGCGCAACGGCUUUCUGAUGAGGCGCGCCGGCUGGGCUUGAAAUUGCUGGAGAUUGAGGCGUCCGCGCCGCUGGCCGCCUCGAUUGCUUCUGGAAUGGUCGAUCUCUCCUCAUCAGUCCUCUCGUCGGGCUCCUCAACCGAUCGGAAUUCCAUCUGCGACGGCUCCAUCACCCCGUCCCGCGAACCCUCCUCCCCCUCCUCCCCCGCCUCGCCAGCCCCGUCCCCGCUCGACCAGGUCGCGUCGUCGUUGUCGGAGAUUACAAUCGCCUCGGAGCGCAUCAAGCCCGGCAGCACGCGGUCACUGGCCUCCCUAUCGACCCGGCCCACUUCAUACUGCUCGAGUGAGAGUCGUGCCAUCAAUGGUGGAUAUGGACUGGGUAAUCAUGAGCCGCUCGUGGCAUCGCCGCACCGCAUGUCCAUGCUGAGCAUUGCCUCGGUCGACAAGAAGGAAAGGCGGCGCAGCAGCUUGAAGAAUGCCAUUGGGCGCAUCCACUUCCGCAAGAAACGCAGACCGUCCACCGUCGUCCUGCCUCCUCAUUCGCAGAUCACGGUCUCGAAAGGCGACGGCGGGGGCGUGGAACAUGUCUAUUUAGAGAGUCGACCCAAACGCCCGGCAACCAGCCAUGAAGUAUACCCUAAUAUUGAUAGCUCGACACAGUCCCUCUCAAAGCUGGAGUUCCCGCUGGAAACAAAACUGGAGAUCCCCAUGUUUGAUAAAGAGACCCUACAGCGAAGCUUGGAGGACUCAGAAUUGGGUGUGAUGCGAGAGCGACAUCAUAUGGAGCGGGAUCGACACCUCACGUUUCAAGCCACGGCCUUGAGCAUCCUCCGACAGAGGCACCAGGCGGCGCUCUCUGAGCGGCAAUUGGAAAACCAGCGCUUGGAGGAUGCCAAGCAAGAAAAGAAUACCUCUGAUGCCAUUCGAAUGGAAGAGCGUCAACUUGCCGUUGAAAUGGAACAGCAGCGCGAAUUCGAUCGAGCCAAAAUGAACUCCCGCACUCGUAUCAAACACAUGGAAGGAUACUUUCGGAACGCCAGUCCCCCGCCUUCGCCUGCGCAACCCGGUCAACGAUCCUCCGGUUCCUUCUCCGGAGGUGACACAACUCCGCCGACACGCCGUUUCACAAAGCAACAUAAAGAGCAACUCGAACAGCAGUACCAUGACCAUGAGUCGAUGGAUGCGCUGCAUGAGGCCCGUAUCAAAGUCCUGCGCGACAGACAGGAGCUCAGGCUGCAGGAGACCAUUGCGCGCUGGGAGCGCGAGCUCAACGACCUGCGCGAACAAAAUAGGAAGAAGGUUGUGACUCUGCAGGGGGAGCAUCGCAGUGAAGAAACAGCUCUGAUCCAAGAUCUGGACACGAAAAAGACUGCCUUGCGUCACCGAUGGCACCUGGAAGAAGCGAUCCUACGCGGCCAACUUGAGGAGCGUUAUGGACAACUGUACGGCCCGCUGCCGCCUGUAUCAUUCAGUGUUACUUCCACCGAGAGUCGCGAUCCCGCCAUCGGCGGACACGACCCCUCUCCACUUGGACCCGGACGCCAGAAGUGA